AUGAUAAAAAUCAGAACAUAUGGCUUCGCAGCAGAGAUCAGAACUCGUUAUCGGAUUCAAGCUGAUGCUCAGGGCUUAUACAACCAUUUUAAUGAAGUUUUUGCGGAAAUGCCAUUAGCAGCACUUGUAGCUGGCAAGAUAUUAUGCAUGCAUGGUGGAUUAUCGCCAGAUCUCAAUUCCCUCGACGACAUUAGGAACAUCAAAAGGCCAUUAAAGAUGGUAAAAGGAUUGGCACAAGAUUUACUUUGGGCAGAUCCAGAAGCUGGUGCUCAAGGUUUUCAGAAAAAUCAAAUUCGGGGAGUUUCUUGGGUUUUCGGUGAGAAUGCUGUUCAUCACAAAACAAAACAGCUUGGCAUUGAUAUGGUCAUACGAGCACAUCAGGUAGUUGAAUUUGGGUAUGCUUUUUUUGCAAACCGAAAACUGAUAACAGUAUUCUCAGCUGCUCGAUAUCACGAAGACUUGUGUAAUUUUGCUGCUGUUGUUAUUGUAGACAGCCGCCUUGAGCUGUCCUUUCUUCAGCUCAAGCCAAGUGAGUAUGAACAACAGCGUAAAGAAAAACUAGUGCCAACAGCAGAUGUUGAAGAAGAUAUGGACGAUGAUAAAAUCUAG